AUGACAAUUUUAACUUCCAGACAGCCUACUGCUGUUUCAGCACCAGGGAAAGUACUUUUAGCAGGAGGAUAUCUAGUAUUAGAUAGGAAAUAUGAUGGAAUAGUUAUUGGAACAAGUGCAAGAUUUUACUCG